CAAUUUGACAAUUUGUAAACUAAUCAAUGAAGAAUUAUUACGAAUUACUAUCGUGGAAAUGAUUUUUUGAAAAGUGUCUGGGUUUUGAUGUGUUGGAUUAUUAAUAAUAUUGUAAUAUUGUAUUCUUCACUACAAACAUUAAAAAAUAAGACUCAAUGGCGACUUUUGAUUCCAAAUACGACAUGUAUCCUGCUGGUGAUGUAGGAGUUAUAGAAGGUGAAAUGAACAUUCCAGGUCAGGGUGUGCCUUCUGGUGAUACAAUGGAGUUUAAUACUCUAGAUGAACCAAUUAAAGAAACAUUUCUAAGAGACUUAAGAGCCGUGGGUAAUAAAUUCUACCAUGUACUAAUACCAAGAGAGAAAACAAGUUUAUUGAAAGAAUGGGAUCUAUGGGGCCCAUUAUUACUUUGUACAUUCAUGGCAACUAUUCUGCAAGGCUCGUCAGAACCCACAAAUAAAACAGGUGAUGGAGGCCCUGAGUUUGCAGAGGUCUUUGUACUCGUGUGGAUAGGUGCAGCUAUUGUGACCUUUAAUUCUAAGCUGCUUGGUGGAAAUAUGUCAUUUUUCCAAUCAGUAUGCGUGUUGGGAUAUUGUCUUUUCCCCAUUGCAUUAGCUCUAGUCAUUUGCCGAGUGAUAUUGUUCAGUACACAAAAUACAUUUCUAUUCUUCCUACGAUUUGUCAUAUCAAUGGUUGGAUUCAUAUGGGCAACAUUUGCUGCAACAAAAUUCCUUGGUGAUAGUCAGCCUGAAGGUAAAAAAGGCCUAGCAGUUUACCCCAUUUGCUUGUUUUACUUCAUACUAUCGUGGCUAGUCGUUUCACACACCGCUUAGGAGCACAAUUUGUGAUAAAGACUUGUAGGAUAAUUUGUGAAUAUUUGAUGUAAUGUAAGUUAUUAAUAUGUAUAUGAAUUUAUGAUACAUAUACAGUGUAAUGUUUUAAUAAGUAUUAAGGUUAAGCUGCGAAGGGACUAAUUUUGAAAUUUGCGUUUAGGUCUGUUUGGCGUAUGUAUACUAUGAAGUUUAGUGAAAAUACUGUAUCUAUGUUACUAUUUUUAACCUAGUUAGAAAUAUCAUAGUAAAACGACACAACUUCUUUAAAUCAAUAUGUUAUUUAAUAUGACUAUUAUAUAUUCAUCCAAAGAGCAAAAUAAUUGUUCAAAUUUCUUUGUAUUUCAUACCGAAAGUUGGUUCGAUUUUUUUGUAGAUGUCCCACCAGGUGGCGCUAUAAAAUCGUUUUGCCGCGAUUUUUUUACUAAUUUGAAAAUCAAUUGAAAAUCCUCAAAUCGGUAAUCAAGCGUGGUGUUGGUUUAAUUCCUGUGAAUUGUUUGCUUACAGAGUUAAAUAUGGCAGAAACUAGAUUAAGUUGUCUCGUGGCGUACUAUUAACCUAGGACGAUUAAAUGACUAAGUUUGUCUUUUUAUACUCACCAAAUUCUUCAGCACAUUCCAUUACGGAUUUACAGUAUUUUUCUAUAUUUAAUUUAAUUAUUUUUCAUAUUUAAAAUGUCUUUGGAAUUUUGAAAUAUCAUGUUUUCAACAACAUUUUUGUACAUAUUUAUUAAUAAAAAACAUAUUUUUAUCCAUAAAGAUUUUUAUUUCUAACAUAGAAAACAUACAUUGUAUCUAAAAAUACAUAAGUUAUGAAAGGAAUAUUUAGAACUUCUAGUCUUCGUAAUACGACUAGUUUAUUCACUCCCACAUACACACAAAAAACAGCCAUUUUUGAGAGUAUUGAAUUACUUAAAAUAAUAUUUAAAAAUUGUGCUUAUAACACAACUAUAUAUAUAGGGGUAUACCCUAAAUAACGAAUUUCACGAUAAAUACUUACAAUUGAAAUACGUAAUUUUUUUCAGAUUUUUGUAUAGGAACUUUUUGUUUUAAUAUUCGUAGGAUAUUGUAUGCGAAAGAAAGUCGGCGCCAUCUAUAUUCCGAGGAAUUUUAAAUGUAAAUCUAUCAAAAUUGGCAUUCACACCAUACAAAGUUAUCAAAAGUUAAAGGGGUUCGAAAACUUAUAA